AUGAAAAGGACCGGGAUUUGGAAAGAGCUGAACAACGCCAAGAAAAGGCUCAAGAGAGGCCAGGGAGGAUAUGCCGAGCAGCGAACGGGCGACAUACCUGUCGAUGUCACAAUUGGUAGAAACGACGCUGGCGAACGUGUGCGAUCUGUCCACCGCGCUGAUCCAGCACCUACUGUAUCGUUGGACUCGCUGGGCGACCUUUCCAAUAGGCCUUCGGCUAAAGAGGCCCCUCAUGCUCAGGAUAGGCGCAUAGAGGUUGAAUACGAGGAUGAGGUCAUCGGGGACGACGCCGCCGGCUGGCAAGACGAACCUGACGCGUUGACCGAGUCUGAGCCUCUUCCGCCUCGCGCGCUCGAGGGCGAUGCGCCCCAGGGCGAUGUUCCUCAGGGUGAUAAACCUGCCGAGAAGCCUGACGCAAAGAAAUCAGCUAGCCGCGCACCUAUCUGGUCUUGGAUCGGCACUCGUAUGGAUGCACUACGUGAGAUACUGCGACUUGACGGACGGGCUGAGGCAGCCGCUUUGGCUUCCGAGAAUCAGUGUCGCAACCCCAAGUGCAAAGAUAAACGCGCCCAGCGCAGAGGGUGUAUCGUGAAGAAGCACGCGGACAUGCCUCUUCACCGUGUCGAGAUUUGGCUGGAGGGACACUGGCAGGAGAUUACUCUGAAGCGCCUCGGUGUCUCCGUGAACUUUGGUCACAACGGUAAACCGUGCCCUCAGCCACGGCGGACUCCCGUGGACGAUUUCGUGAUCUUGCACACGAACGGGAUACACGAAGUCAGGGCGGUCUUUUGCGGUUGUACUCAGGAGUUCGUGCCCAUACGCGAUCAGCUCAUGCGCGCUCGAUGGUGGCCAGCAACCUCAAUCACUCCUCAGUCGGGCGCGACGUUUGAAUGUCUCGAUGCAUUCGAUGCCCUGGCGGCGACGGGAAAGACCAACGCGUACGAAUAUUAUAACUCGUUAUGUCACCUCUCCGACGCAACGGGGCUGCAUACUCUACCUGAUCGUUACAAGGAGUUCGGUAGGAUGGCACACGAAUGGCGUCACAUCUUACAGUGUAAGCGCGCGGGUCGCGGCCACGAUCGCUUCGGAGGGCUCAAUACCGAUAUCACGGAACAAAUAGCCGAGCUGUCUCCCGAGCUCCUGGACGCUCUUCCGCUGUUUGAGCUGGUUAUGCUCGCUAUGGACUGCAACUUCAGAGCUAGAAAUCGAGCGAACAAGUCGACGGACGAUACAAGCCCGAUGCUAGGGGAUGGAAUGGCGUACAUGGUACCGGACAAGGACUACGACGACUUCACUGAAUAUAGUCAAUACAACCAGGAGAUGAGCACCUGCUCCAAGUUUGGCGCCAUGAUCUUGGCGAACCUUAAGAAAGGCAAAGGCUAUCGCACAACCGGCAUUGGCGGCGUAUUCUGCUCACGUCACGGCUUCUGGUGGCCGAAUUCGGUGGGGACCCUAGUGAAAGGCGAACGGUAUUGCACCAUGGACUACAUCUUAGCGUCCGUGGCGCGCAGACUACGCACCGAGAAGUUACACCUCUCGUAUGACAUUAUCUGUCAGUACGCGCGCCACUUGGAAGCACGGUUGCGAGAAGUACAACCGGACUCGUUCAUCUAUGAGGGCGCACAGAAGCUGCUCAACGAAGUGCACAAGGUGUACGCGGUUCCGAAGUUUCAUAACCCCGGCCACAAGGAGCUCUGCCAGCAGUGGUUCAACUUGGCGUUGCAGUUGUUCUGCGGGCAGACCGAUGGCGAGGCGUCUGAACGCGCAUGGGCUGGCCUGAACCCCGCGGCAACGAGUAUGCGAGAGAUGGGACCGGGAACGAUGAGAGACACGAUCGACUUCUACUGCGGCAUGUGGAACUGGCGCAAGACCAUAGGACUGGGUCCGUUCUUGUUGAAGAAGCUCGAGAUCGCGCUCGCGGAAGCCGACGAUCAUUGCGAUAUUUAUACUGGGCUGCGUGAGGUGAUCGAAGACGAGAACAAGGAAACGUUGGAGGCGUGGCUGGGCUCCGUGAUUGCAUGGGAGAAUAGAGACGAAGAGGGAAAGUACGAAGGGAGGGUUGUUCCCAAUCCGUACAAGCCAAAGACUAAGCCGAUAAGCUUGCAUCAAGCUCGAUUGCGAAGCGCACAAGCUAUGAACGAUGCACUGUUGAGCGUGGGUAGCGCGGCAGCGGCAACUCAGACAAGCGAGGCUUCGGCGGCAACACCGGACGUAACCAAUUUUAUUCUGCUCGGGUUCAAGAUCGAACUCAUGAGGUUUCGCAAUGCUGCCGUACGCAGCACUAAUACAGUUCUGCAGAAGGCGGAAAGGACAGAGCAGAAGAACGAGCUUCUUCGUCACGUCCAGAUGUUCCGUAAGCAGCAGCAGUGGAUAAUGCCGCUGGUGUACGCGGGCUUGAAGGAGCUGCAGGGUGAUGAUGUGGACCGGGGAGAAGGGGAGAGUGGGGAGGACGACGAGGACGACGAGUUCAUCGCGUCGACUGAUGGCGAGAGGCUCGAACAGGAAACCGCGCACACGGACCUAUGGCUUCCGUCGGAGCUACCGCGGCAGCUGGCCAUGGACCACAACCGCGAUGUUCUGUUUGAGGAGAUUCGCCUACGCUGGGGUGGUCUCUCGGACACGAUCAUCAUGAUACGCCAGAACCUGCAGAUUAGGGGCGUGGUGCAUAGGUUUAGAAAAGGUAACACUCGCGGCCAGAGGCCGAACACGCGUGCGCGAGGAAAGCAAGCUGUCAUCGAAGCGAACCUCGCUAUCGCCAAGGCGGCCUAUCGGCUACACCGCGUACGAUUCAAAGCGCUGGCGGAGAUGCUGUCUCCCGAAGAGCGCGCUGAACACGUUCCGCACGAUUGGGAAUCUAGAUUCCAGAUUCUCGAAGAUAGCGACUGCGUCGCACUUGGAUCAAAGGUGCUCCUCCAGAUGGAGGAGGCGGACAUCGCACAUGCUCGGGCCAUCAUCGCUCACCGUAAAGGAGGAGACGCAUCGGGCAAUACACACCACAAGGUAUCAUGGCUAUGGUACACGACCCUGGAUGGCGCAACUCUGGAACUGAACGAUGAAAUGCGCGUGGAGUUUUUGAGGUGUCGGGCUAGGGCGAUGAGAUGGGUGGAAGAGGUAUAUCACCUCAGUUAUGAGAUGGCUCGCACUCCCCAGUUCGCUAUGGGCAAGGCGGAAUGGUGGGCUGGUAAGGCACUGCUGGAGAUGCCAGGAGCGGACCCCUUGGUCAAGGAUGGGACUCGGGCGUACGCGAGGAAACAGAGCACAAUGUUCCGACGCCAGUGCGAAUCGCUGCAGGAACAGUUCGCACAACCGCUGCAGAAUGCGGCCGGCUUUGUGAAGACGCACGGACUAGAUGGGCUUCGUAAAACGUAG